AUGCUGAAAGACAAACAACUGAAGAAGAACAAAUUGCAAGUGUUGAAUAUAGUUCCAGAGAACAUUAUUCUUGCUUUUAAAGAUAUUGAGGGAUUGGAUAUUCAAGCAUCCAAAAGGAGAAAACUUGAAGUAGCUCAAAAUAUUCCCGAUCUGAUCCCUUUAUUUAGACGACACCUAAAGUUUAAACACAAAUUGGAAGUCAAUAUCCCAGAUCAUCCUGAAAUGGAAGUCAAUAAUUUUAAAUUAGAUAGAGACAGGAGUGGUAAUUUCAAUGCUAAAAUUGUACGGAGGAGAAUACGCGUUUUGUUCUCUUUUAGUAUGAAACAUAAUGAGAUCCCAGAAGAAGAAUGUAAAUUGAUCCUUAAAAGACAACAAGAUGGUAUUAUUUGUGAUAGAAAAUUAACAAUGUCCAUUAAGGAUGGAGUACUUCGUGGUGAAAUCACGUAUUCUAUUGGGUAUAUAUGUGAUAUGAAUUUUAUUGGGAAGCGUGAUGUUACUGAUAAAGUGUUGGCUGCAAUUGAUGGUGGAAGUUUGAAGAAUGACACAAUCACCCCAGAGUUUUUUUAUAGAAGCAUUGCUGAUAGUACUGAAAGAAUGCCACCGUUUAAGAAUCAAGAAAUCGAUAUUCCUGAAUUACAAACUGAUUUAUUGAAAUUUCAAAAGAAAACUGUCAAUUGGCUACUAUCCAAAGAGAACGUGAAAUACAAUCCUCAGACAAAUAGAGUUGACCAUAUACUGUUUAUGGACUCAGAGGAAUUUAACGAUGAUGAAGCAUUAAGUUUGAUUAAUCGUUUGUGGUAUGGUUGGAAGGUAAUUGACUGGAAUAAUAAGACUUACUUUUUGAAUCAGUUGUCUUGUACUGUUGCUACUGUUGAGCAAAUGAGAGCAUAUUUGUUGGAGUAUUUCCACAAUACUGACAAAGUUAAUAAUCCAUUGCAUUUAAAUGGUCAAGGGUUAUUGUGUGAAGAGAUGGGUUUGGGAAAAACUAUUGAAGUAGCAUCGUUGAUAUUACUAAAUCCACGUCCAUACUAUGAAAUUGAUCAACCAAUGGAUCUAGUACUUAAUGAAUUUAAAGACAUCAAGAAAAUCGUUAUGGGACGAACCACACUUGUCAUUGCACCGGCACCGAUUUUACAACAGUGGAGAUCGGAGCUUGAUACGUUUGCUCCAAGUUUGGCAACUACAAUUUAUGAAGGAGUCGGAAAAUACCCUUCCAUGAGGAACAAGCCUUAUUUGAUUGCUGCAUAUUUGAGGAAAUUUGACGUUGUUUUAACUACUUAUAAUACUAUUGCGAGAGAAUUGGAUUACGCUAAGUUUUCUUCUAGUCACAAACGUACCAGGGCUUCUAGGAACAAGGCUCAAUCAAACUAUGGACCAAGCGAUGAUGUAAAUAAUGCGAGUUCGAACCAUAGUAAAUCAGACUUUAAUCCCGACGAUCAGAUUGCAAACAACUACCAGGCAUUGUUUCAAUUGGGCACCUUAAAGCCGUCAAAGGCUAAUCAAAAAUCACAGUCAUCUCAGAAGGAGACAGAUUAUGAAAAAGCAUUACAAAUUGAGAUUGAGCUUGCAUUCAAACAUAAUGAAUCAUGGUGUGGUUCAUCAACUGAUGACUAUGAAUGUCCCUUGAUGUUGAUUCAGUUUUGGAGAGUAGUUCUUGACGAAGUACAGAUGGUUUCACUGAGAGUCUCACGUGCAUUUCAAAGUGCUUCUCUUAUUCCUAGAUUUCAUUCUUGGGGUGUUUCAGGUACACCAAUUAAAAAGAAUAUGGAUGAUUUGUUGGCAACAUUGAAGUUUUUAAGGUUUUUUCCAUUUAAUGGUAUGUUGGGUGAAUAUUGUUGGGAGAAAUUGAGUCAUAAUAAAGAAGAAUUCAGCAAAUUAUGGAGCCAAUUGGCUAUAAGACAUACAAAGAGUAUGGUUCACGAUGAUAUCCAGCUUCCUGAGCAAAGUAGAAUUUUAAUGACGAUGCCAUUUACUGCAGUGGAACAAGAUCUUUAUUCAAGGAAAUUUGAACAAUGUUUAAAUGAAAUCAAACUUGACGAAGAUGGAAAUCCAUUAGUCAAUGAUUGGGAUAUUGCCGAUGUCGUUGAACAAAUGAGAUAUUGGUUAACACAGUUAAGAAAACUUUGCAGCCUGCCACAAAUCGGGAGGUUGAAUAUUGAGAAAAAGAAGUUUUCUAAUUUUUACCUGCGAUUGCGACAGUCUGGAACUGGAUCGUCAAGUCCAUUAAAAACCCUAGAUUCCUUACUUCGUGGUAUGUUGGAGAAGUGUUAUUCAGAGAUUGUGGCUUCUGGUAAACGUAGAGUGGAUGAAGCCAUUAGAUUUAUCGAACUACUUGAAUUCAUCUAUUAUCCCGAGAAAGCAUUGAUGUACUUGAAAUCGGCAAUCAUUGAAACUGAAUGGCUUCUUAAUAGAGAUGAGAUCAUGUUGUCCAAAAAAUUAGAGGAGGGCAAGAAAAGUGGAUUGGAUACGGAGAAGCAGAUACUGGCGAGGGGGAAUGAUAAAGUAAACUACAGCAGUGAUGAUGAUGAUUCUUUUCUUUUCGACAGCGAUAGUGAUGAUGAAUUUGAUAGAUUCCAACACUGGUACCCCCCUGCAAAAUCACGAUAUGCGAAAGGGAAUCCAAACGAUGAAUUUGACGUGGAUGAAGAAGACGAGUUAUUGGCCAGUAUUUCAAGGAUUAGAGGAAGAAUAAGAACAUCAUUAGUUCAAUUACACAAGUUGUAUUUUUUGAAGGCCUCUUGUAAUUUCCAAUUGGUGGAUGAAGGUUAUCUCGAGACGAUGGAAAAGUAUAAAAUUGAUGUUACCAUUCCAAAGUUUAGUGAAACGUAUCUUCAAUACCGUGAUAGAAAACAAGCUGCAGAAUUAGCCGCUAUUGUGAGUGGCAUACCGGUUGAAAAAUUUUUAUUUGAAGUUGAUGAAGAAACCGGAUACGAAACUUCAGAUCCAAAGGAAUUGGAAUCAAUUUACUAUGACAAGGCAGAAAAGAUUCGUGGUAGGCUUUUGGAAGCAUCAAUUAAGGCAGUGACAAAGAAUGUUGAAACAAGAAUUAAGUCACGGGGACUCUAUUUUGAUAAACCCAUUACUGAUUAUGGGGAUAGUUUGCUUCCAAAGACAUCCAAGAAAUUCUUUAAUGCUUUGCCUAUAAUGGAUCAUAGUGACUGGAGUAAUUACGUAAUGCAUCCACAAGUUUCUGUUCUUGUCAAUAAAGUACAACGAUUCCUUACACUUUUAAAUAAUCAAGGUGAUGUUAUGAAUAAGUCUAUGCAAGAAUUAUUAGGUAGUUUACUGGCCCCCCUUAUUUCGCAAGAUGAGUCACCAUUAGGAACAGAAUAUGAAGAGACAUUAGAUGACCAGGAGAAUAUAUUAAGACAUAUUAACCUUUUGGUUGCUUUUAUCCACUCUCGAUGGAAAAAUAUUUCAGGUGGUGACUCCAACAACUACGGUCCCUCUAACCAGGUGUUGGAUGCUGUCAGUAGGAAGAUUUCAAGCCACAUCAAUUCUUUGGUUCAGGAGCAUGAGGUUUCACAUACAAUGCAAUUUUCUACAUUCAUGGAUGAUAUUAAUUCAUUAUUGAUAGAUAUGUCUGCUUCGGCAGCGAAUGCAAUUCAAGUAGAAGAAUUGAAAAAAUUGCGUGACAAGAUUGGUAUAUACCAAGAAAAUCAAAGAUUAGCGUUAGCCUUAUUUUCGAAAGAGUUGAGUGUUAAUUGUAAUGCUAUCUAUAACUCCCGUAUCGAGUACUACAAGCAAUUACAAAUUAUUUCUGAUACUGUGCAAAGACCCGAGUUUGAGUCAUUGAACAGGGAAAAAUUGGAUUAUUUCUCCAUUAAUCAGGUGUUUGGCAAAAUGAACCAGGCGGGCUUCCUUUCCACAGAUAGUAAUGUGGGUAGAUUCAGAUAUUUGGUAGAAUUGAUGAAUGAAAACGCAUCUAACCAGACAAUUACCAAGGGUCCAAAUAAACACAACUCAGAUAGUGAUGGGGCUGAAGAUAAUGUAGCCGAAGAGGAUGAUUCCUCAUCUGAUUGUAUUAUUUGCCGGAGUACUAUUACCCUUGGAGCCUUAACAGAAUGUGGACAUAAAUACUGCAAGACAUGUUUGGAUCAAUGGUUAAAAUCAUCUCGCAGUUGUCCGUUAUGCAAAGAACAUAUAAGCCAUGGCUCAGUUUACUGUUAUACAAGAUAUGAACCAGUUUUGAAGGUCAAGCAAGUUCAUGAUAUUCACGAUACUUCUAAAUUACAUUCAAUUUACAAGUCGUUAGAUAAUUCAGUAAUUGAAGAACUAAAAACUAUUACGUUGAAGAGAUCUUUUAGUUCGAAAGUGGAUAUGAUUGUCAAACAAGUAAGUUUCUUAAAGAGCAAAGAUCCCAAUGUUCAGAUCAUUAUUUUCAGUCAAUGGCAGGAUAUGCUUUUUAUUAUUGGAAAUGCUCUUAAAGAUAAUAGAAUAUCAUAUAUGGGGAUGAAUAGCUCGGUUAACCCAGAUCAUAGAAGGAAACAACUUAUAGAAGACGAAGCUUCUUAUUUCAAAAGGCAUAAUGGUGUUACAUGUUUCUUAUUGGAUGCUAAAGCGCAGGCUAGUGGAUUAACGUUGACUAAUGCGACUCAUAUUUUCCUUUGUGAACCUUUAGUGAAUAUAUCUUUGGAAUUGCAGGCUAUUUCACGUAUUCAUAGAAUUGGUCAAAAGAAGAAAACUACAGUCUGGAUGUUUGCCAUAGAGAACACAAUUGAAGAAAGCAUCAUAAUCACAUCAACUGACAAGAGAUUGAAAUAUCUUAAGAGUAACAAAAAAAACACUGACGACGUCGAUGACGAUGACAAUGACAAUGAGAUUCCGGAUGAAACUGAUCUCACCAAAGCAGAAUCUUUAGCUUUAGUCAGCGGUGGAGGUCAAGAUUCUGUGGUUGGUAAGGCUGGUCAAGGGGAAAUGGUUACUAAUAAUGAUUUAUGGUCUGCAUUUUUCAGUUCUACAAUGGGUAGAGUAAUUCCUGAACCUUCUGAAAAAAAUAACUAA